AUGGAUAAGGUUUACAGUUUUAAAGCAAAAGGCUAAGUUGGCCAUAUCAAGUAGGUUAUCAAUCAAGAGCAAAAGCUUCAGUUUUAUAGCGAAGAGGAAGGAGACAGCACGACAUCGAAAGAUAAUACUCCUAAAACUAAUCAAAAGCCUAAGGCGAAACCACCCAUUCAAAAUGGAUAUCAGACUGACGAUUCGGAUUCAGGGACCCCUAAAAACUAAAAGCCUCAAUCUAAAUAGCCUUAGGGUAUUGCAGAUUUCUAUUUAGCUGCUAAGAUGUCGAGAUUCAGCAAUCUAGUCAAUACAAAAAAGGUUGAAGGAGAUGUUGAGUAGGAACCAGAUUUUAGUGACUAAGAGAAAAAACAAAAACUAGUAUAAGUUUAAUAACAAGAAGGAAAUUACAAUAUUGAAGAACAAGCGCAAAGGAUAUAGUAAAAAUUAAGUUAACAACCCCAACAAUAAACCAAGCUGAGCAAAACUAAAUAAGCAGUCUCUAUGCAAAAUCUGAAUGUGAAUUCAGACAAUGAGCAAAGCAAAAAGAAUUCGUAAAAUAAUGCCAAAGAUAAGUUGAGCAACCAUCCUUUUAGACAUCUUAUUUUUGGUCCUACAAUCAAUGAAUAAACAUUUAAGAAACAUCUUAUAUUGACAUAGAGAGGACUGAUUUACGCAAGGAAAUGUCUUAAAGGACCUUCUGAUAAAUUCAUAUAAUCAAAAAAAAUCCAACUCUCAGAAGCCAAUCCAAAAAAAGAUAAAACCUUAGUACUUGAUUUAGAUGAAACUCUAAUUCAUUCAUGCUCUUAAAGGGAAAAUCCUUAAGUGUACGUAACUGCUGUCGGUGAUUUUGGAGAGGAGGCCAAAAUCGGUAUCAAUAUUCGUCCAUAUACAACACUAUUCUUGUAGUAGUUAUCUUAACAUUAUACUAUAUACAUAUACACAGCCUCGUCUUCAGCAUAUGCAUUAGCAAUUAUUAAUUACUUAGAUCCAACAAAGCAAUACAUUUCUGGUAUAAUGACUAGAAACAAUUGUAUGGAAACAAAAAAUGGAUUUUUCAUCAAAGACUUAAGGUUAAUAGGCAAUAAGGAGUUGAAAGACAUACUUAUUGUUGAUAAUUUAGCUCACUCUUUCGGAUUUUAAAUUGAAAAUGGUAUUCCAAUCUUAGAAUGGUAUUGUGAUUAAAACGAUUAAGAAUUAAAAUAUCUAAUAGAUUAUUUGAUGGAUGCAGUCAAGUACCCUGACCUUAGAGAAUAUAAUACAAAGAAAUUGAGAUUAGAUGAUUUGAUUGAAUUUCAUAUUGAAGAAUGA